UAAGGUCCCUUACAACUCAAACCAUUCUAGGAUCUAUGACAUUAUAAUUAAAAAUAGGAAAAAUAAAAUUAGGAAAGGAGCAAGACUUUUAAAGAUGAAAGUUCAAUUAGCAGUUUUGAGAAGCAUGGAACACUUAACAACUUGAGCUUUAAAUUGUGAUUAAAAUUAAAGCUUGUAAAAAUUUAAAAUGAUGGAUUCAUAGGGUGCUGAAUUAUCUUAGUGAGUGAGCUAAAACGCAACCAGUCAUCAGAAUGAGUUUGUGUAUAAACUAGAAUUGAUGAACUAAGUCUUGUCAUAAAAUAUAAUUAUUUUAAAAAAUAAUGAUCUGGUAAUUUUUAACCAUGGCAAUAAAUGGAUCUUCACUGUUGUUUAAGUUUCUUUGUACAAUUAAAAUUUCUCCAGUGAGCUUCUUAGCAUGUGUGAUGCUUAGAGGUACUGCGUACUUACAUUUUGGUGCGUAUCAGGUCCAUGGGUAGAUGGUUCCUCUCUGCACAGGCCAUGUGGAAUGGCCAGGAUGAAUCCCAAAAUGAGGCUGUGCUGUUGAGCCUUACUUAUCUUCUCUAUAAACUGAACCCAGCAAAUUUUGUGCUCAAAGCAAAUACCACCCUGUCUGUCUGACUUUGCAGUCUCUUUAAAAAAAGCCCCACCAAACCAAACCAAACCAAACCAAACCAAACCAAAAAACCCAAAGUGGAAAAAGCUUUUUGGAGCUGGACUUGAAACUGAAAGUUUAUUCCCUUCUAAGUUUAUUUAUCUCUGCUUUAUUUUAUAUAAUUCUUAAAUAGAAAUAAACAAAGUUGGAGAAGGGUUAAGCAUGUACAUUUUUCUGAAGAGUUUCCUUAAGCCGGAGCUAGAGAAUUAAAAUAUAACAGGUAGAGAAAGGUCAAACAGCACUAGAACCUGGGAUAGAGAAGAAUGGUACAACUCUAUAGCAAGUUACAUGUGUGAGUCUAAGUCCUUAAUACACACACUGAAUUAAGAUCUAAGCACUAAGCAGCUUUUAGGAUGUUUCCUUAAUAUGUCUCACUAGUCAGCAACUGCAAAUAAUUUGAAAACACAGAAAAGUGAUUAGUUCUGUGCAUCACUUACAGACAGCAGAAAAUUAGUUGUCUGCAGAUCUAAGCUGAGUAGUUACUGAUGCAGCAAAUGGCAACUGGGCAAAGAACUGUUCUUAGAAACUGUGUUUUACAAUAUUUCAAACAUAAUUUACUUGCCAAAAAGUGCAAGUACUUGUGCUGGCAGCAUUAAUUAAAGAGUACAUAUAGCAUCCCAGGGAGAUAUUGGUAAUAGAUCACAUAUACACACAAACACAAGUAUUUUAAGUACAGCUGAUUAUUUCAAAGGUUAAAGUAUCAUACACAAACCUUAUUUUCAUAUUUAUUUUUCCAGAAACGACUGUAGCCUAAGAAAUGAUAAAUUGAAAGGAUCCUGAACUUGAAAAAUACUACUGUAGUCAAGAGCAUUGGAGCAAAGAGAAAAUGACAUCAGCAGGUACCACUGCAGGCUCCAAAUUCAGAGUGAAUUUCCAAGGAAGUUUGCAACUCAGACCUAUUUUACAUGUGCAUAGAGUGUUCUCACAGGCAGCAAGAAUGAGUGGAGAUGACUCUGUCAAACCUCAGGAUUUGACACAGGGUUCAUGUUUUCCAUGUACAGGACCUGUUUGCACUGGGCCUGCAAGCGGAACCACGUGGCGGUCGUGGCUUAUCUGCUGCACGCUGGGGCUGACAAGGACAUCCUGACCAAGAAAGGGGAGAGGCCAGCCCAGUUAACAUCCAAGAGAGAGAUCAGGAAGAUGUUGGGAGUGGAAGAUGAUGAACUCCCAGACUUAAAGCAAGAUUCAGAUCUGCCAAUCAUCCCCAAUUACCUGGCUAACCCACCUUUCCCAUAUGUUUACAACACCUCGAGUACCAGUAUUCCAGAUCCCACCCUGAAUGGGAAUCUCUCACACUUGGAACCACAACACACCAACUCUCCAUCUGUACCUGACUCUGUCGCCUACAGACAAGCACCGCUACAGCCCGGGAAUGCUGCUCCUGAGGCGCCUCCCAACGGGGACAUCCCACGCCUGCCCCGAGGGUCUGCUGGGCCCCUACACCCAAAUCCUGUCCUCCAGAGAGCUCCUGUUUACCAGGGGUCAGUGUCUUGGGGCAGAAGCCCCUCUUUGCCAGCAGGAUCCAACCAGUCCUUACCCCAGCAAGGGAAUGGCUCCUGCAUGGGGCCCGUGCCAGCCUUUCAGCCUGUUUUCUUCACAGGAGCUUUUCCACUAAACGUGCAAGAACUGGUGCUGAAAGUGAGAAUACAAAACCCUAAUCUUAGAGAAAAUGACUUCAUUGAAAUUGAACUGGACAGACAAGAAUUGACCUACAAAGAGCUGCUCCGAGUGAGUUGCCGUGAGCUGGGUGUGAACCCUGAGCACAUCCAGAAGAUCAGAAAAUUACCAAAUACAAUGUUAAGAAAGGACAAGGAUGUUGCAAGGCUACAGGAUUUCCAAGAACUGGAGCUUGUUCUAACAAGUUCAGAGCCCGAGCAGGCUGUGCAGUGUCUGUGGGCUGCUGGGGCAGUCCUGGCCUGAGCCCCUGUGCCUCCACCUGCUGCGGCAGGUAAGGGACAGCAGCUGCCUGUGUCACCGCCCGUGUCACCGCCAAUCCAGCGGGAGCUGUCCCCAAAGCGCCCCGGGCUCGCUGAUCUCAGCUUGGAAGCGCUUGGAGUGCAGGGACUGAGCACACCAGAGGGAGCUCCCAGCCUGCCGCCAGGCGCCAGCACAGAUCCCUGCAAACACCCCAGUUCCCUCUGUGCCCAGCCACCACGCUGAAGCUCAGUCUCCCCAGGGGAAUACAGAAGGUUUUGUCACACCAAAAGAGCCUCUUCUGCAAAGUGCCAGAGGUCAAACAUAGUCCCAGUCAUUGGCAAUAUCUGUUUUUAUACCAGAUUGCUGGUGGAGUAUUAAGUUCUCUGUAAUGGAAUAAUAAAAUCAUCAUUCCUCAUGUCACCCAGGCUGCUGCCUUCUCCCUGUCACAGGAAGGUUCAGGCACUGGCUGAAUCCAGGAGGAUUCAGGGUUAACCAGCCAGACCCCCUAGAGAAAAGCUCAGCUGUUGGGCAGCAACCUUGCACAGACACUGAUCCCUAUCUAUGCAUUCCCAGGAAAUUUUUAUACCUUGUGUCAUUUAUACCAGGAAGAUACUAUUAACACUCCCCAGUCCCAGCAGUGUAUAACCACUACAUUCUGUCUGUGAUAAAUAAUUCGUUACUUUGUGCUCUGCUACAUUAAAUGUUAAUGUCUAAUAAAUGCUUGGCUGCAGAUUCGUGUUUCUAUUCAAGAAGUAUAAUGUGUAAGAAUUAAUAAAUUAUUAUUUUUGUCUUCUCAAA